AUGUCACACAAACUACUGGACGCUGUUUUCAACCCUCAACUUCGGUUACACAGAGCAGACGUCCAGCAGCUGUCGGUGAGUAAAGAAGAGGUUCCCUGUGAGCAGCAGGAGUGGAGCCCCAGUCUGGACCAGGAGGACCCACCAGAGCUGCCACACAUUAAAGAGGAACAGGAGGAACUCUGGACCAGUCAGGAGGAAGAGCAGCUUCAAGCACUGGAGGAGGCUGAUAUCAUCAAAUUCACAUUCUCUCCUGUCCCAGUGAAGGGUGAAGAUGCUGCUGCUGCUGAUGAUGAUGAAGAGAAACCACAGCUUCAUCAAAGCCAAACUGAAAAGAACAAUAACGAAAUGAAAAGCGAAGCUAAUGGAGAGGACUGUGGAGGACCAGAACCUGCCAGGUACUCAGAUCCAGAUAGUCAUUUACAACCAUAUACUGAUGACAACACGUCACACUCCUCUGAACCUGAGACUGAUGACAGUUGCGACUGGGGGGAGACCAAUGAGCAUCACUCAGGUUUAAACCCUCUGCCAAACAAUGAAGUACCUGUAAGUGAUAUGGAAUGUGAUACUCAGCCAAAUAGCCAAACAGGAGUGAAACCAUUUACCUGUUCAGUUUGUGGUAAAAGAUUCUCCCGGAAGCACUCCUUAAAGACUCACAUGAAACUUCAUUCAGAAGGAAAACUUUUCAGCUGCUCAGUUUGUAAAAAAUCUUUCCAGCAGAGAGAACAUGUUGCGAGGCACAUGAGAGUCCACACAGGGGAGAAACCCUUCUGUUGCUCUGUCUGUGGGAUAAGGUUCGCGCAAAAGGAUACUCUGAGACGACAUUUGACGACCCACACAGGGGAGAAACCCUUCUGUUGUUCUGUCUGUGGAAAAGGAUUUUCACUAAGCUAUAGCUUGACAUCACACUUAAGAGUUCAUACAGGAGAAAAACCUUUCACCUGCUCAGUUUGUAAGACGAGUUUUAGUGACAGACAGAAUUUGUCCCAACACAUGAGAAUCCACACAGGGGAGAAAAGAUUUAGUUGUUCAGUUUGUGGUAAAAGAUUUGCACUACAUGGAAAUCUGAGACAACACUUGACUGUCCACACAGGGGAGAAACCCUUCAGUUGUUCAGUUUGUGGGAAAGGAUUUACACGAAAGGGAGAUAUGGGAGAACACUUGACUGUUCACACAGGGGAGAAACCAUUUAGUUGUUCAGUGUGUGGUAAAGGAUUUGCACGAAAGAGAUUUCUGAGAGAGCACUUGACGGUCCACUCAGAGGAGAAACCAUUCAGCUGCAAUGUUUGUGAUAAAACUUUCACUCGGCUUCAUGUUUUCAAAAAGCACAAGUGUGUUGGUGAGAGCAGUGGAAGUAAAUGAAGCUUGUUGAGCCGAUUACUUCCAGAAUUAUUUUGACAGAUAUUGUGAUUGCUAUGUGAUUCAGGAUUAGUGUGGGAAUUAUCAUUUUUCCAUCACAAUUUUAAUUUAGAUUGAAUACAAAUGAUUAAAAUCAUGAUGAUGUGAAAUUUGUUGGGGUCUUUACCAAACAAAUAUGUUUCCUUAAAUCUGUACAACAAGAUCUGUAGGUAGGUAACAUGCACCUGUAUUUCCAAAUAAAAAAAUACUAGUUCCAAUCAAAUAAGGAAAUAAUGGUAAAACAAUAGAAAACUAAAUGAUGCUGGGGCACUCAGAUAGCUCACCCAGGUACCAAGGCUGAGUCCUUGCUGCAGUGGCCCAGGGUUAGAGACCAACCUGUGGCCUUUUUCUGCGUGUCAGCUAGGGGUGUCACGAUUU